AUGACUGCAUUAACUUCGGCAGGUGGUAUAAUUGCCUUGCUCGAUGAGCCAGAAGAACAGCUAAAGAUAUAUGCACUAGAAAAAUUAAACAUACUUGUCGAUCAGUUUUGGGCAGAGAUCUCGGAUGCAGUUUCUAAAAUCGAAAUUCUUUAUGAAAAUGAACACUUUCCUCAAAGACAGCUAUCCGCUCUCGUGGCCUCGAAGGUUUAUUAUCAUCUUGGAGAAUUUGACGACUCGCUAACUUUUGCGCUGGGUGCCGGUGACUUAUUUGACGCGUCAUCUAAAUCUGAAUAUGUCGAGACUAUUAUAUCCAAGUGUAUUGAUAAGUACAUUGCUCUACGUGUCCAGCAAUUUGAAAGUGGUUCAAGUGGACAGGAAAUAGACUCUCGUUUGCAAGAUGUUGUUGAACGAAUGUUUAAGCGCUGUUAUGAUGAUGGAGAGUUUAAACAAGCGAUUGGCAUUGCCUUGGAAGCUCGCCGCUUAGACGUUAUUGAACAAAUAAUAUCUAAAGGUCAAGCUUCCGAACUUUUGUCUUAUGUCUUGGAAGUAAGCAUGACAUUAGUACUUAAUUUGGAUUUCCGAAAUAAGGUUUUACGGUUGUUGGUCAAAUUAUAUCAAAACCUUGAGGAACCCGACUAUGUUUCGAUUAGUCAAUGUUUUGUACACCUUAAUGACCCUAUUUCAGCAUCCAAAAUGUUACAAGACUUAGUAAAUAAAGGUGACGAGUUUUAUUUAUUAAUGGCAUAUCAAAUUGCGUUCGAUCUUGAGGAGAAUGCUACUCAAGAAUUUCUCCAAAAGGUUGUAAGCGAACUGCCUGUUACAUCGUCACUAACCCAAAAUGAAAAACGGGAUGCUGAAGCGAUGGAAACUGACGAAGCAGAGUUGGGAAAUUUACCAGAUGAAAAAUACAUUCGGAUUCGCAGUAUACUUUCAGGAGAAGAAUCAAUUAAAUUGCACUUGGAAUUCUUAUAUCGUAACAAUCACACCGAUUUGCUUAUAUUAAAGAACACAAAGAAUGCAUUAGAGUCCCGAAACUCGGUUUAUCAUUCGGCGGUCACAUUUGCUAAUGCAUUUAUGCACGCUGGCACAACGAGUGAUGAUUUCCUGCGACAAAAUCUUGAGUGGUUAUCACGUGCGACAAAUUGGUCAAAAUUUAGUGCAACGGCGGCUCUUGGUGUUAUACACAAGGGUCAUUUAUCUCAGGGGCUUACUCUAUUGCAACCAUAUUUGCCACAAGAAGGUAACAACGGGAGCCCUUAUUCAGAAGGUGGAUCACUAUUUGCCUUAGGGUUGAUUCAUGCAAAUCACGGUGCUGGUGUAUUGGAAUAUUUGAGAAAUGCUCUAAAGAAUGCUCUAAAAAGUGCUGAAAACGAUGUGCUACAGCAUGGAGCGUGUCUUGGCCUUGCAACGGCGGCAAUGGCUACAGGAAAUGAAGAAAUAUAUGAGGAACUUAAAAUUGUACUUCACAACAAUAGCGCUGUGGCCGGGGAGGCUGCUGGAUUAGCCAUGGGACUUGUUAUGCUUGGAACUGCUUCUAAUGAGUCGAUUAAACAAAUGUUUGAUUAUGCACACGACACUCAACAUGAAAAAAUUAUAAGGGGUUUGGCUAUUGGUAUAUCAUUAAUUAUGUAUGGUAAGGAGGAAGCGGCUGAUCAUUGGGUCGAACAACUUAGUCAUGACAAGGAUCCUAUUUUGCGCUACGGUGGGAUCUAUACUGUCGCUAUGGCUUAUUGUGGCACUGGAAAUAAUAAGGCCAUACGUCAUUUGUUACACGUAGCCGUUAGUGAUGUUAAUGAUGAUGUGCGUCGUGCCGCUGUUACGGCGCUCGGAUUUAUUUUGUUUAGAACACCUAAACAGGUUCCCCGAAUUGUUCAAUUGUUGUCGGAAAGUUAUAAUCCAAAUGUGCGAUAUGGUGCUACUUUGGCUUUGGGUAUUUCGUGUGCAGGAACUGGGUUGAUGGAAGCCAUAGAACUUUUAGAGCCAAUGACUAAAGAUCCUGUUGAUUACGUGCGUCAAGGGGCAUUUAUAUCUCUGGCCAUGAUUCUUAUACAGCAAAAUGAUGUUACAAACCAAAAGGUAUCCUCAACCCGCAAAAUGUAUGAAAAAAUUAUAAAUGACAAACAUGAAGAUGCGAUGGCCAAAUUCGGUGCUGUUCUUGGUCAGGGGAUUAUUGACGCAGGUGGACGAAAUGUUACCAUAUCUUUGCAAUCAAGAUCUGGUCAUUUGAACAUGCCAGCUAUUGUCGGAAUGGCAGUAUUUACCCAAUUUUGGUAUUGGUUUCCAUUGACUCACUUUCUCAGUUUAUCAUUUACGCCUACCGCACUUAUUGGGCUGAACAAAGAAUUGAAGAUACCAAAAUUUGAAUUCAUAUCUAAAGCGAAGCCUUCACUAUUUGCUUAUCCUGCUACUACAAAGCCUCCCACAACAAAUGUUGUAGAGAAGGUGGCGACUGCUGUGCUCUCUACGACGGCAAAGGCAAAGGCGAGAGCAAAGAAAUCAGAAAAAGAAAAAGGAACUUUAGACAUGGAUGUCAUGGAUAUUGCGGAUGAUAAAAAGGAUGUUACUAUGGAUCACGCUAAAAAAGACGAUGACAAGGAUGAGAUCAAAGAUGAUAAAAAAGGAAAAAAGAAAAAGGAAGAGGCAUAUGAAAUUCUUGAAAAUAUGGCACGCGUCCUACCAGCGCAAUUACAAUACAUCUCGUUCCCAGAAAACUCGCGUUAUGUUCCUGUUAAAAAAGGUGCGGUUGGUGGAAUUUUGAUGAUGAUGGAUAAAUCACCAGGGGAACCUGAGGAGCUCAUUUUGCCUAGUACACCUGUUGCUACUGAGGUGACCGAGGAAAAGGAAGCAUCACCACCAGAACCUUUUGAGUAUCCAUUUGAUGACAAAUAA